CCACUAAAAAUCUACUUAUCCUAGACAAUGAUUGUGAAGAGGCAAAAGAAUUUUUGAAGACUUUCAAGAAUGGGGACGAGGAUAGCAGAUCUUCAAGAUGGGUAUUUUUGGGUCAUGGCUGACAUUGUUUCUGUGGAAAACUACAAAGAUUGGUAUUACUUGGCCUACAACAACAAGACCUGUAGCCGAAAGGUUGAGAGAGAUGGAGAUUGUUUCCGCUGUGGACAGUGUGCUAAAACAAUGACGUUCGUUGAAUACAAGUACAAAGUUACAGUCACAUUGAAGGAUGGAACCGGUCAUGCGACAUUUGUUCUAUGGGAUCGAGAGUGCAAAGAGAUUAUGGGUAUCCCAGCUUCAAAAAUGAGAGAUAUCAUGAUCGAGGUAAAGCAUACAUAUAUUCAUUUGUAAUUAAGAAAACCAUUACAGUUUCAUAAGCAAACGUUUUUAUUUUCCUGAUGCACUAAAGAAUUGAUACAUGAUUUCCGCAGCGAACGGGUAAUGAAAGCGACUUUCCACA